AUGGAAGAAGACUACUUGGGAUGGAAGGACGGAAUGUGGGAGGCUUUCGCUACCGCCAUGGGUGUUGAAGAGAGCCAGGGUGGUAAUACCGCCGGCUUCGCUGUUUGUGAACUUGAUUCCCACCUAGAAGAGAAGGUCUAUCUUGUCCUUCGCCACGACAUCAACAUCAGCACUCUUGCUGGUCAUCAGAUGCUUGGCAUGUUCACCAAAUUCGCCCCAAAUGCCCAAACUGAGGCAGCUAUAAAGGAAUUUAACACCAACAAGGAAGUCUACCAUGAGAUCGUCGCCAAUGACUGCUCAAAAGCUGGCGAGGUUCUCCAGUUGCCGGUUCCUCCGAAGAAGGACCGAAACGGCUGCGACAACCCAGCGGACACAUCUAUGAAGCGUUCUCUUCAUUCAAGUGCGUCCGGAUCGCCCCACACAAAGCAUGCUCUAAUCAAAGCCGAGACUCCCCUUACGAAAAUGCCGCACCAGCUCGAUUUUAAACUUCAAGUCAAAAUGCAGUACAAGUACCAGGCUGAUGGAGACAAGAAAUCGAGGCAGGACGCGGAGAGCAAGAAGAUAGAAAGUGAGAAGAAAAUACAGCUUCUUCCAUUUGCUCAAAGACGGUACAAAAAUCUGCAUUUUUUGGACGAUGCCCUCGCCGAGGAAGAGGAAGAACCUAACAGUACAAGAAUCGAAGGAGAAUGGAAAGAAACCCUCCGAGCAAAACCUUUAUCAGGUACUCUCUCAGUCGCUAUUCAAGGCGCCAGAGAGCUAGACCAUGCACCCAUCAUAACUCGAUUUCGUUCAUCGAAAAACCAAGUCGUCGAAACCUCCAAUGAAGACUUUGAAAUCGCUGUCGACAAGGCAAACGAAGUCGAAACUGCUCUUUACGACAAGCAGGUCGGUGGAACACAUGCGGUUCCUAUAAUUCUAUUAUGGAUCCGCAUCAGUGAUCUUGUCGAAGCUCUGAGGAGGCAAAAGGUAUUUAUGGAGAGCGGACAAGGUGGCUGGGUUCCUUCUGGCGCUAUGCAUGGUGAUGCUGGUCAUUCAAACUCGGCGGACCCGAACAUCCCUCUCAGCUUUGGCGCUGCUCCUCCUGGUGGCUUUGGUCCUCAGGGAAGCAUGGGAGAUGGCAUACCACAGCAACCAUCUGAAGGUAUCGAGGCAUGGUUUUCAGUCGAGCCUGCAGGUGCUAUUCUCUUGCACUUGGAACUUUGGUGGUCAACGAAAACGUCUGAAAACGCCAGAUCGAUGCACCUCUCGGCGGUGCUUGUUGGAAUCAUGUUCACCCUCGCUACCCGGUUAUAUAAGCUGCAGAGGCUACGGUGGUCAUUGGAUUGUUCGCCCACCGACCCCUGCAUCCUCAAACUUCUGCGUUUUAUAAUGAUGAAAUCCUGGAAUACUGUCCGAACCCAACCCCUACCUCUGCCGGAAUUCUCUAUCUCCCAUUCGCCCACACCUCCAUACCCAAGUUCACCUCUGCCCUCGGCAUCCCCAAUUUCAACAUACUUUCAGAAGGAAAGAAGGACAGAUGAUGAGCUGGAGACGUUAUAUGAUGAGAUCUGGACAGGAAAUGGCGCUAGAGGGUUGAGAAACUUCGAGAACGCACCAGGCGUUGAGGCGAUGGCUAUGGAGCAAGCCCGAGCUCCCCGUCCAGCAGGGCCAGCUCAUACUUUGCUUCUCCGACUUUAA